GUCAGGAGAAGGAAGCUGAUGGUCGACGCUUCGCUUAAUUAAAACAAGACUUUAGACUUAAACUUAACACUCUGUCCUUGGCUUAAUCGCCUCUACGAGAUAAUGGUUACAGAACACGUCGCCAUCCUUUUUUUAUUGCUUUUUUGCACUCCUGGAAUAGACACCACAGAUAUUACUGAUGGGCUUUCCAACUAUUCUAUUGUGCAACCUCAGUUGCUUCCUAACCAGAAAUAUGAUGGUGAUGAGCAUAUUUCAUACGUGCUCAAAGUAGACAACAAACCCCACAUCCUUCAUCUAAAGAGGAACCGAGACUUUUUACAUCCAGAUUUGUUUGUGGCUGACAACCGCACAGCGACACAUCCCAGACAUGUGCAUUGUUAUUAUCAUGGAGAAGUGGAGGGAUAUGAGAAUUCAGUGGUUGCACUCAGCACAUGCUACGGACUGAGGGGUGUGAUACUUUUUGCAAACGAGAGCUACGGAAUUGAGCCUCUUCCUCAUUCUGCCACCCAUGAGCACCUUCUGUACCGUCUAAUCGACUUUCAGACCGGACCUGUUUUCUGCGGAGUCCUCCACGAGGCAACAGAGACGCAAAGCCAUGAACCGUUUGAGGCUGUGGACUACAUGUCUGCUCUGCUGCGGAAGAAACGCAAUCUACCUCAGACCAGAUAUGUGGAGCUGGUGUUGGUUGUGGACAAUCUCAGGUAUCAAUUCAGGCAAAGAAAUGAGACGGCAAUAAGAGAGGAGAUGGUGGAAAUGGCCAACCUGCUUGAUGGGUAUUACAGGCAGCUCAACAUCCGCGUCGCUCUCGUGGGCGUAGAGAUUUUUAAAGAUGCCAACCCUUUCCCAGUGGAGGGCUCUGCAGGCGAUGUACUGCGUAGCUUUGUCAGGUGGAGGCGGUCCGACCUGUUGCCGAGGAACCGCCACGACGUGGCUCAGCUAUUGGUUGGUCGACCCGGUUCGUUCCCAGGAAAUGUGCUGGGGAUGGCUUUCGUUGGCUCGGUGUGCUCCGUUACAAGUUCUGGAGGAAUCACUGUGUUUGGCAACAACCAGCUGUUGUUCGCCUCCACUGUCGUGGCCCACGAGAUGGGUCACAACCUGGGCAUGAAUCACGACAACACCCGCUGCAACUGUGAUGGACAACCUUGCAUCAUGGCUGCCAGUGCCAGUGGUUCCACAAGUUUCAGCCGCUGCAGCGCAGAAGAUUUUGAGGCACUCAUCCUCAGCGGGAGAGGGGUGUGUUUGGCAAACCAGCCCUCCCUCUCAGAUGUGGUUGACACUGCGCAGUGUGGCAACGGCAUGUUGGAAGAGGGCGAGGAAUGUGACUGCGGAACGCCAGAGGAAUGUCAGAAUAACUGCUGUGUCGCCGCCACUUGCCAACUAAGUGCCGGAUCCGCCUGUGCUCAAGGGGAGUGCUGCAAUGACUGUCAGCUCAGAGUGUCCGGGACACCAUGCAGAGGGGUAGUCAACUCCUGCGAUCUUCCAGAAUUCUGCAACGGCACCAGCGCCUUCUGCCCUGAUGACUUCUACAUGAUGGACGGUCUGCCCUGUGAGAACAAUGCAGCGUACUGCUACGAGGGCCGCUGCCAGACAUAUGACUCCCAGUGCAAACGGCUUUUUGCGCCAGAUCCGGCAACAAAGGCGGCAGACACUUGUUUCCAGCAUCUCAACACAAAAGGAAACCUAUUUGGGAACUGUGGGAUCACCAGCAGUGGAGAUUAUAUCAAAUGUGCUGUGGCGGACGCCAUGUGCGGCAAGGUGCAGUGCACAAACGUGGACGUCAACCACCCUCCUCCUGAUGCUCACGUCAGCAUCCAAGUGAUAAACGGUUCUACUUGCGUCAACGCCGACUUCAACUUGGGCCCGGACGUGCUGGAUCCCGCCUACGUCAAUGCCGGGAGUCCUUGUGCUGAAGGGAAAACCUGUUUGGAUUUUAAAUGCGUGGAUGCCUCGGCUCUGCUGCCUAACCUGGACUGCGACGCCCAGCAGACCUGCAAUGGCCGCGGGGUUUGUAACGACCAAGGGCACUGCCACUGUGACGACGGCUGGAGCCCACCAAAUUGCAACAGGGCCGGGACAGGUGGCAGCAUUGACAGCGGUCCUAAUAAGAUCAACUUCUCACUCAGAAAUGGCCUGUUGAUCUUCUUCCUGGCUGUCGUCCCUCUGCUGGUUCUUCUUGUUUUGCUGCUGCUCUUCUUCUUCAGGAGAGACACGUUCAACCCUUGCCUCAAACCAACCCGGCGUUCCAGGUCAAGUCAUGCCGGCAAUGCCAAUGGACGUUCAAACGGUAAUAUCGAGACACAUGCUACAACUCGUAUUCCAAGGGAACUUCCUCCUCAGAGGCUUGACAAUCCACCGGCAACCUCAGCUCCAGUCACUAGGUAUGGAGAACUGGAUUACUGGAACACAAGCUCCGCCUCUGCACACGGGCAGGUACCCAGGCAGGGCCCUGGGGUCCCAAGACCAAUCACCUCCCGGCAAUCACCAAAAUAACUUCUUUUAUGCAAAAUAACUUUGUCUUGUAUUUCCAGUAUACAUGUUUGUCAGCCUGAUGGGGGACUUUGGGAUACUGGGAUAAGAAUGCAUUUUAAAAUAAUUUGGUGUGUCUUUGAAGUUCUUUAAGAUGGUGUAUAUCAGUAAAUAUUUAUUGGGAUGUAUGUUAUUAAAUUCCUUAUUAAUGAAACUGUAAAUGUAAUAUUGUAUUUUUUUUUUAUGUAUAUUUUCCUAACUAUGUUAUUGAAUUUGUGAAUUAAAAAGAGAUGUUAAUUGUGACUAAUAAACUAUU